AUGUCACUGUCAUCUCUAUGAAGUACAACGCUAAAAAGAUCUGAGGGAAAAAGCGAGACCCAAGACACUUAUUAAGAAAUGUCCCAAGCUAAUUCAUUCCAAAGCAACGAUUGGGAGACCGAGUUUGAUGAGCUGAGGAACAUUCCUGAUGAAGUUUUGAGCGUGUACGAGGUGUAUGUGAAAGGCGACAGUCCGCAAGAUGAAAGGAGUAAUAUCUCGAGUAUGUCUGGCGUGUCGAGUGGAAGUGAUCAAUCGUUAGUUCAGGAAUUAGACACCGGCGAUAAAAAUGUUAUAAAAAUAUUCGGGAAGAAACUAGAUCCGCAGCCGUCUAAGAACAAGAUCCAAUCUGAAGAAAAUAUAGUAGAGUCUGUUGCUGUACCGCAAAUUUCGGCAAACGACUCUUCGACAUCGCGUCUGAUUGAUAAGGAUGAUCCACGAUCGCGGCUUCAUUUUGUAAAGUAUCUGAAACGGGAGGGCAAGACUCUUAAAAUAUGGGAGUGCGGUAUCUGCACCAAAGAAUUUCGGCACCAGUACACACUGAUGAGACACUUGCCGACUCAUACUGACGAGCGUAACUUCAAGUGCGAGGCUUGUGGAAAAGCUUUUCGUCAACUUUCCACUCUCAGCCAACACAAGGCUAUUCACAGCGACGCUAGACCUUAUGUAUGUGAUUUUUGUAAGAAAACUUUCAACAGGGUUUCCACGUUGAUAUCCCACAGAAAAACUCAUUCUGAGAAUAAACCGCACAAGUGUAAUGUUUGCGGCAAGGGAUUUCAUCAAAAAGGUAACCUGAGAAAUCACGUAUUUACGCACACGAACGAACGGCCUUACAAAUGUGAGCUGUGUAACAAGGGCUUCAACCAGAUGUCCAAUCUAGUCUGUCAUAAAGUUAAAUCGCACGCCCACGUCGAAAAAAUGCAAUACUCGUGCGGGAUCUGCGGGAAGGAGUUCCCCAAACGGUUCGCUUUGCGCUCACAUGAAGAAGCUAAGCACGGAAUAAAAUAUCGCAAUCCAUCGGCUUCCCAAUCUCGCGUAACCCAAUCCAAGAAGAACAUACGGAUCGUUGAACUUCCUAAUGAUAAUGAUAAUGAUAAUGAUAAUAACAACGAUUUUCUUGAGACCGGGGACAGUCUGACGGAAAAUGAUAAGGGCAAGAAGCUCACUGAGGGCAUUGACAAUAUUUUACUCGAUAAAAUAGAGACCAAGGCCAUGGAGAACACUAUUCUGAUGGGACAGAUGCCGUUUGCUUUGUACAAACCUGUCAAGGGGAUUCCUGUGUUGGUUAAAAUCAUUCCGGCUGGGCUUAGUCAUCAUAUGUUGAUCCCAGCAAGUGCCGAAGACUUACGAAUAAGCGGCAAGAUGAGUCCUUCCGUAAACUUAGACUUGGAAAACAAGUCAGUCCAAGUAAAAGUCCCGGUGGUAGCAACGGUAACCCAAAUAAUCGACGACUCAGGAAAUUCAACCUACAAAGUAGAGCCUCCUUCAGACUCGGAGCAAGAGCCAGCUCAAGGGGGAAUUCAAUUUGUCCGAGCGACCGAGGACGGCCGGUACGAAGUUAUGAGUAACAGCGAAGCACGCGACCUAAUGGAGCAGAAUUCGCACGACGUAACGAUACUGGAUGGCGCCGAGGCCGAGGCUAUUAACAUAUUCAACGCCAGGAACCCGUCCCAGGGUCAGAUUGCCGACGACGCUAUCGAUAACCAGAUAAUGGUGCUGGACGCCGGAGCGCCCCAGAAGCCGAUGCUCGUCGACGACAUUGAAAUUCACGACGACAAGGACAUCAGGAUCCUCGACUCCAAGAGCUUCGAUGAGCGCUUCGCUCCCGAGAUAGCCUUCUUUGGAGGUAACAAAUUAAAUGACUUUAUCCUCGGUAACAAGCCAAUGGGAUUCGACUCUGGAAUUUCUAUGAUCAACGCCGACGACGAUGAGUCCGAAGCCAGCUGGGAAGAAUGGUGGACCUACGAUGGUAUUUCCGGUCCAGCGUUCUGGGGUUUAAUAAAUCCGCAGUGGUCUCUGUGCAGCAAGGGCCGACGACAGAGUCCCAUCAACAUAGAGCCAGACAAGUUGCUCUUCGAUCCUCACUUGAGACCCGUCCAGGUCGACAAACACAAAGUCGCGGGGCAUCUCCACAAUACCGGACAAUUCUUGGUGUUCAAAGCGGACAAGGACGCUAAAACCAGGGUGAACAUAACCGGAGGACCUCUGGCGUAUCACUACCAGUUUGAAGAAAUCUACAUCCACUACGGGAUGACCAACGACCAGGGCUCGGAGCACCAGGUUAACAACUACGCUUUUCCAGCCGAGAUCCAGGUCUUCGGAUUCAAUGCGGAGUUGUAUCACAAUAUGAGUGAAGCGCAGCACAAAAGCCAAGGACUAGUUGCCAUUUCGCUGAUGGUCCAGCUCGGCGAUACCCCGAACCAGGAGCUACGAAUCAUAACCAGUGUCUUCAAUAGCGUGCAGUAUCGAUCCCAAAAAGCUCCCGUGGGUCAUCUUUCCCUGAAAGAACUGAUGCCGGCCACAGACGGAUACAUGACCUACGAGGGAAGCACCACGCACCCAGGCUGCUGGGAGACGACGGUCUGGGUGAUCGUCAACAAACCCAUAUAUAUGAGUGCUCAAGAGCUCUACGCAUUAAGAAGACUAAUGCAGGGCACCAAAGAAACCCCUAAAGCUCCUCUUGGAAACAACCGCAGGCCCAUUCAGCUGCUUCAUCACAGGACUAUCAGGACGAAUAUUGAUUUUCGGAAGGCGCCGGACGCUAAAUGUCCGUCAAUGGUUCCAACCACGCACUACAGAGAUGAAUUUUUCUUUGCAGCAAACACGUGGACCGACGGAACGAUAAGCCGGAAUUCUUUGUAAUAAAUAAAAAAAGAUAUCAAAAA